AUGGACGAGCUUGCGUCCUUCAUGCCGCUGCGCAGACGCUCUCGCUGCACUGAGGGAACGCUUAUCGUCGUCCACAUAUUCUUUAUCUCAAUAACGCUCGUUCCUGUUAACAUAUUUACAAGCUCCUCCAAUCCUCUAUCAAAACUAAUUAUUGACACCUUCCAGAGACAAGACAUCAUCUCUCUCACAGCAACUAUUAACUCUGUACAGUGCUUUUUCAGCACUUUCCUUGUUUCAUUCUUUAUAGACACAUUUGGGCCCCAGUAUUUUCUAGUUCCUAUUCAUGUUCUGCAGCUUCUCUGUGCAGUAGCAUGUGCAUUCUGCACCACGGCUACUCAAUUUAUUAUCGCCCAGUUUGCCUCUGGCCUCUCUGGCGAGGCUGUGAUCAUGGUCCAGGCACGGCUCAUGCAGUACUUCAUACCGCUCCGCUGGCAACCAGUGGGGUUCGGGCUGAUCUUUGCUAGCGUCAUGCUUGGACAUACGCUGGCAAGUAUCGUGAUAGGGUCCAUGAAUAAUCUUCGAGAGGCUUAUUUGUUAUGUGCAUGUUUGAUAUUCUUUUCUACCACAUUAGGAGCUGUCUACACUUUUCUGGAGGUAAGGAGAAAGUACUUUGACGAUCUCCUGAAUGAGUAUGUGGCGAUCGCAGAUCUGCAGCGCCAAAAUAUGUUAGCCAAUGCAGAGCUUAACACUCCUUUUCCAGAGACUCUGCCAGAGACACAGUCCUGCAUAGAGCAUCCUAGGACUAACAUUUCUGUCUCAUCCGCCAAGUACAACAAGACUCUUCUAUCACAGUUCGCUAUCCCGCGCUCUCGCUCAAGGAAUUGGAACCCUGACGACAAAGGCGAAGUCGCUACAAAGCUGCCGUCUCAAAUGUUUACACAAUCUGAAAUAAUGGUAUAUUUUGACAAUCCAGAUGCUUCUAUCAAUGAUAUAAGUACCCUCUGUUCAUUUGAAGGGUCCAUCACAUGCGUCAUGGGAACAGAAGAAACUAUGGAAAUAACUAUCUGCGACGAGUCUGCUCCUUUACGCAAUAAGAAGAUCACCUAUCAGCUCCCCAAUAGGCGCACUCGCAGGUGCACCUGUCGACGCUGUAAGGAGCUGUUCCUAUCUUCGUUCAGAUCUAUUAGGGAAGCACCCUUGGCUCUCUUCAUGGUUAUGGUCCCGCGAAUCCUUGUAAUAGGUGCUGUUAGUACGUUUAAUGCAACUUCUGUUCUAUCACUCACCUCCAUCUUGAAUAUCAAAAAUGAGGACGCAGUGCUAGCCGUUGGUCUGAGCCAGCUUUUGUCGUCCAUUUUUUUGUUUAUAAGUGGCCUACUGUCCCGAUUGUCAUACUUUGGCCCAAUCUUCUUUGUCCUGUUAGGAACUAUAAUGUACACUGUGGCACAAAUAACGCUAUAUAUAUUCGGUGCGGUAAAAAAGUUCCAGAAUGCUUUCUCUGCACAAGUAACCAUGUCCUUUUUGGGUAUUUCAAUAGGCUUCUUUGCAGCUAAUUUUGCGUUUGUUAUUACUACGCUUGCGGGGCGGAAGAUUCCGGCGACAAGCUUGGGCCUGGUGUUCUCUCUUCAGUAUAUAAUCUCUUCAGUUUUCAUACCAGUAGUUCGUUAUAUCUCAAUAAAGUUUGACUAUCGGCAAACGUGUUGGGUCAUAAUUGGUCUCUUUUCACUGGGAAUCCCAUUUAUCAUAUAUGGAGUCAUUGCUAUUGCGCGCCUCAAUCCGCGUUUGAUCUCUAAAAUUCCCAUUAGUAUUCCGGAGCCCCACAAGGUAUCCGUGAAGGUCUUGCGGCCAGAAGAUGACGCCCUUAUCAGAGAAGAUGAGCGCUCAUCUGCUACACAGAACGAUCAACACAAUGAAGAUAAUAUGUGA